GAGGACUGCACGCUCCAAGUCUCACCCUCCGGACACUACCUGGACCUUGACUUGUCCCUGCUGGAGCAGAAGGAUGAUCUGGAGGGUUUCUAUGAGGAGGUCAGGAAGGGGAGACGGCCAACUCUGAUCCUGCGCACGCAGCUCUCUGUCCGAGUCCAUGCCAUCAUCGAGAAGCUGUACAACUCGCAGGGGCCGGAGCUGCGGCGAUCCCUCUUCUCCCUCAAGCAGCUCUUUCAGGAGGACAAGGACCUCGUGCCAGAGUUUGUGAACCUGGAUGGGUUGACAUGCCUGAUCAAAGUUGGGGCAGAGGCUGACCAGAACUACCAGAAUUACAUCCUCCGAGCCUUGAGCCAGAUCAUGCUCUUUGUGGAUGGGAUGCAGGGUGUCAUCAACCACAAUGAGACCGUCCAGUGGCUGUACACGCUGUCAGGAAGCCCGUUUCGCCUGGUAGUGAAGAUGGCACUGAAGCUGCUGCUGGUGUUCGUGGAGUACACAGAGCCCAAUGCCCUGCUCUUCAUCCGUGCCGUCAACACUGUGGACCAGGGAAGAGGCACAUGCCCAUGGUCCAACCUGAUGGCCAUCCUGGAGCAACGCAACGGGGCUGACACAGAGCUGCUGGUGUUCACCAUGACGCUGAUCAACAAGACUCUGGCAGCCCUCCCAGACCAGGACACCUUCUACGAUGUGACGGACUGCCUGGAGCAGCAGGGCAUGGAGCGGGUGGUGCAGCAGUACCUGGGCAGCAAGGGCACCGACCUCGACUUGAAGCAGCAGUUCAUGCUCUAUGAAAGCGCUCUCAAGCUGGAGGAUGGUGUGGAAGAGCCUCCCUCAGGGGGACGCAAGGAGCGGAGGAGGACAGAUGAGGGCCGGCGCGGGUGGCGAUCCCAGGGCAGCUGCCCAGAGCCUGGCCCUGAUGCCCACCCGGCUGUCCCCGCGCCAAGCAGCCCAGCCGAGGCAGCCCUGCAGGACCUGCUCUCAGUCCCCGUCACAUCUUCUUCCAGACCCUGUCCCGGCAGCAUCUACAACAGUGCAUCCAGUGUGCGGCUGGCCCCGGCCCCCCCCCCUGCCCAUCAUCCCCAUCCCUGCCUUGCUCCUGGCCAACGUCCACCCCUGUCUCACAGAGCUCGCUUCUUGGAGAACCUGGCCGCAGCCCAGAAGGAGAAGAUCUCUUCCAUGGCCAAGGGACGGUUUGAAAUCCUCAGUGAUGCUGCACUGGAGCAUCCCACCACUCUUGCAUGGGACAGGGACAGUGGCACCCCUCAGCCCGGGAUGGAGCCACCCAGCAUAAGGUCUCGCCUGGCUCGGCUGGACACCACUGACUCCUGCAGCACCAUCUCCUCCGACACCAAGUUUAUGCUGGACAUGCUCUAUGCCAAGGGCUCCUUGGAGCCGGGGAGGGAGAAGGUCUUCCCCGAGGUCCCGUCAUCCCCCCUGGUCCAGGGUGAGGUGGACAUGGAUGCUGAGGGAGGUGGCAGCCAGGAGCAGGAGGGCACCUGGCUCCAUGGCAGGGCUCCAGAUUGGCCAGUGGCUAGUGCCCAUGCCAAGCUGGCACAUACCGUGUCCAGCGUAGGUGCCGAGACCCACACACAGAAGCUGGAGAACACCGGGAUGAUGGCUAUCAAGAAGGACAUGGAGCUGACAUGGGAGCGCCUGGAGGCCAGCCCCGUGCAGCUGAAGAUCAAGGACCUGGACUUCACUGAUUUGGGGGAAGAAGAAGACUUCGACAUCCUGGACACGGGGCCCACAGCCAAUGGCUCCUUCCUCCCUCCCGGCAUCGAAGCGAUGAGUGCUGGAGCUGUCAUGGUUCCCCCUCCACCUCCUGUGGUCCCUGGCUGCCCACCACCUCCACCUCCACCUCCUCCGGUCCCUGGCUGCCCACCACCUCCACCUCCUGCGGUCCCUGGCUGCCCACCACCUCCACCUCCUGUGGUCCCUGGCUGCCCCCCAGGGCUGCCAGGCCCCUCAGCAACAGAUGGCCCCUCCCAGGCCAAGAAGAAGAGGACAGUGAAGCUGUUCUGGAAGGAGCUGAAGCAGCUGGAUGGCACUGUGGGGCUGGGCAGGUUUGGCCAGGUGACACUGUGGGCGUCCCUGCAGAACAUUGAGGUCAAUGCUGCCAAACUGGAGCAUCUCUUUGAGUCACGGUCAAAGGAAGUGCCAACUUCAAAGAAGGCCAUUGAUGGGAAGAAGGUGGUGGUAGUGCUGGACCCCAAGAGGAGCAAUGCCAUCAACAUUGGCCUCACGGUGCUGCCACCUGUGCAUAUCAUCAAGACAGCCGUGCUCAACUUUGAUGAGUUUGCAGUCAAUAAGGAAGGGAUUGAGAAAAUUCUGACCAUGGUCCCAACUGAGGAGGAGAAGCAAAAGAUCCAGGAGGCCCAGCUGGCCAGCCCUGAUGUGCCCUUGGGUUCUGCAGAGCAGUUCCUGCUUGCCCUGUCUUCCAUCAGCGAUCUUACGGCCAGGCUCCAGCUCUGGGCCUUCAAGCUGGACUAUGAGAGCCUGGAGCAGGAGAUUGCAGAGCCGCUCUUUGAUCUGAAGGUGGGCAUGGAGCAGCUGGCCAGAAAUCACACGUUCAAGUGCAUCCUGGCCACACUGCUGGCCAUGGGCAACUUCUUGAACGGCUCCCAGAGCAGAGGCUUUGAGCUGGGCUACCUGGAGAAGGUCUCGGAAGUGAAGGACACGGUGCACCGGCAGUCGCUGCUCCACCAUCUCUGCCAGAUGGUGGUAGAGAAGUUCCCAGAAACCACUGACCUCUACUCGGAGAUUGCUUCCAUCACACGCUCUGCCAAGGUUGACUUUGAUGAGCUGGCCAACAGCCUGGUGCAGCUGGAGCGGAGGUGCAGGGCCUCCUGGGACAACCUGAAGGUGAUUGCCAAGCAUGAGACCAAGCCGGUGCUGAAGAGCAAGCUGACGGACUUCCUGAAGGACAGCACCCAGCGCAUUGUCGUCUUGAAGGUCGUGCACAGGCGAAUCCUCAACAGAUUUCACUCCUUCCUGGUGUACCUGGGGUACCCAGCAAGCGUGGUGCGGGACAUGAAGGUGACGCCUAUCUGUAAGCUGUUGCGGGAGUUUGCCCUGGAGUACCGCACCUGCCGGGAACGUGUACUGCAGCAGCAGAAGAAACGGGCUGCCCACCGUGAGCGCAACAAGACCCGGGGACGGCUCAUCACUGAGACCGAGAAAUUCUCUGGCAUCGCUGAGGCCACUUCACCACCUGCCAUGGUGUCCAGUGGCCCCAAGGAGCAGAUGGAAGCAGGUCAUGAGAGUAUGAAGAGCCUGCUGACCUCCCCCACGGAUGCCCCUGCCCGCCGCAACCGGGCCAGCCGGGGGACAGGGCACACCACCCCUGCCCAGGGCUCUCCAGCUCAGGAGGACGUUCCCAGCUCCCCAGACGAUGCUUCGGAUGAAAUCAUGGACCAGCUGGUGAAAUCGGUGACUCACAACGCCAACCCCCGGCCCUGUGCCAACAAAGAGCGCAGGAGGUCCCGCGGCAAUAGGAAGUCCUUGAGACGGACGCUGAAGAGCGGGCUCAGCGAUGACCUGGUGCAGGCACUGGGCCUGGGGCGGGCGCCUGGCAUGGAGGUUUGA